AUGACCGUCGAUGCGCCGGAGAGAACUGCACUAACCAUGCUAUCAUGUCCCGACUUCCUCGGUGGCACCCAGCCGGUCCGUGGCGAUGUCGGGGACAUCUUGGGCGCCUCAUGGCGAGGUCACAAUCCCUAUGGAUGGAGCAGCUGGCUAGCACCAUACGGUCAAUCAUCCACUGUGGUAGAUGCUUGGGGCAAUGAGCCCGCCGCCUAUGGAUCCUCACGCCAGUGGAUUGGAAUGACCGUCAGGACGUCGAGUGCUGGCUUCCGGACCAUCUCGGCUCUCAAGUCCUAG